AUGAAGCUCCACUGCUCAUACACGAGCAUGCUCGCGCCGUUCCUACUGUUGGCUUCGGCGCCACUGGGCGCUCUCGCCAACGACGUUCUGCAAACCAAUGGUUACAGUUCCUGUCUGAAUGGCGACUCAGACAUCAAAGUGAACAAGCUCGACAUCUCGUUUGACCGAACGACGAAGAAGAUCAAGUUCGAUGUAUCGGGUACCAACGGCAAGGAGCAGAAGGUCAUGGCGACCCUGAAGGUGAACGCGUAUGGAAGAGAAGUGUACAGCAACACGUUUGAUCCCUGUGAAGGAGACAUGAAGGUGGAUCAACUGUGUCCCGUACCUGCUGGCACCUUCGGUGCAUCCGGAGAACAGAGCAUCCCAGAGAAAUACAUCGAGCAGAUUCCAGCUAUCGCAUUCAACAUCCCUGACAUCGACAGCCAGGCAACGAUGCAGCUCACUGCUAAGGAUGGCGGCGCGGAACUCGCAUGUAUCACUUCACAAGUCAGUAACGGCAAGUCGCUGUCGACACAAGGCGUGUCUUACAUCGCAGCCGGCAUUGCCGGUGCUGCUCUGGCUGUCGGAGGUCUUUCCGCGCUUGCCGGUGCUGGCCAAGCUGGUGUCGCCCACUCGAGUCCCACCUUUGGCGAUGUCGUUUUUUGGUUCCAGGGCAUGGCCGCGAACGGUAUGAUGAGCGCUGAUAUUCCUGGUGUAUACCGAAGCUGGUCGAAGAACUUCGGUUUCAGCACAGGUCUGGUCUACUGGGACAGCAUGCAAACAUCCAUCGACAACUUUCGGGAGAAGACAGGAGGCAAUCUCACCACCAACAGCGUCAAGUUUCUAUCAAACGUCACGCUCGUGCACGUCGAUCAGAACAUGACCUUGACAAAGCGCAGCUUUGACGGAAUCAGCGACGUUGUCCUAUGGACCCGUGACGGACUUGAGACCACCGUCAACGGCACCACCGAAGGCAGCGAGGACAACAAGAUUAUGCAUGCGGUCAAGGGCAUCCAAGGCUACGUCGAGGAGUACAAGAUCCCCAACGGCAACACUUUCAUGACUGUUCUUCUCUGGUUUGCGAUUGUCAUCGCCGCCAUCACUGUCGGUAUCCUGCUUCUGAAGGUCAUCCUUGAGACCUGGGCUCUUUUUGGAACUUUCCCCAAGCGUCUGACCAGUUUCCGUAAGCGUUACUGGUGGACUCUUGCCAAGACUAUUACCAACUUGAUCAUGCUUCUCUAUGGAAUUUGGGUCCUUUACUGUGUCUACCAGUUCAAGAAUGGAGACUCAUGGGGUCCGAAGGUACUUGCUGGUGUCACACUGGCUGCCUUUACUGCUGUCCUGGCCUUCUUCACCUGGAGGAUCUGGAGCAUUGCAAACAAAUUCAAGAAGAUGGAAGGCAGCAACUCUGCCCUUUACGACGACAAGGAAGUCUGGCGCAAAUAUUCCAUCUUCUACGAGAACUAUAAGACGAGCUACUGGUGGAUCUUCAUCCCCGCCAUCAUCUAUGCUUUCGCUCGCGGUUGCGUUAUUGCUGGUGCCGAUGGUCACGGUCUCGCCCAAGCUGCCGGUCAGCUCAUCGUGGAAGCUCUUCUGCUUACCGUCCUUCUGUGGGCGCGACCAUACUCGCUCAAAUCCGGUAACUGGAUCAACAUCACCAUCCAGGUCGUCCGUGUGCUCUCCGUUGUGUGCAUCUUGGUCUUCGUCGAGGAGCUUGGCAUGACGCAAACCACAAAGACCGUCACUGGUCUGGUUCUCGUCGUUGUGCAGGCUAUUCUGACUGGUGUCCUGGCUAUCUUGAUUGCAGUCAACGCGAUCAUCAUUUGCUUCAAGGAGAACCCCCACCGUAAGAAGAGGAAGGAGGCUGAGAAGGCUCGUGACCUCGACAACCUCACCCCUCUUGACGCUCGUAACUCACUCCUCAUGGAUCCUCAAGAGUACAAGCGCAGCUCUCUGCCCUCACCAUUCGGGCCUCGUGCUGCUGGCUACGACGUGGUACCUCUCGCAGACCAGAACACCGCUUACAACAGCGGCCGAAGAUUCGAAGAAGACCGUGGCCAUCUCCUUGCCGAUGCUUCGACAUUCGGCAGGACACCGAGUCACGCACCAAGCUACAGCGACGACCACAACCGCUCUGCAAGCCCGCAGCCGCGAUUGCCAGACCUGGAAUUUGGACAACAAACUGGCUACACCCAGCCAAACAACGCACCGUGGCAGCCCCAAAAGGGGAACCAAAGCGGAUACGCGUACUAG